AUGUGUGGUUCAGAUAAGUUGUACUCGGACAAUGAGUUUCCAAUCGAAAAUGUGAAUGUUAACAAGUUGAAACAAGUUUUCAAACUCGUGGAGAUUGAAGUUUCUGAGAUCGAGGGUUUUGAAAAGUUCCAAAAGCAAACUUGGAAGCCAAAAUCUGAGACUAAGACAUCAAAUGUUCAAAAACCAAAGGUUUCUGAUUCUGAAAAACAAUCAUCUUCAACUACACCAUUAAAGAUGAAUGUACCUUUGGACUUUUAUGAGAAACUUGAGAAACAAACUUCUACUUCACCCAAGAAGAAGUAUGUUCCAAAGAAAGACCAACCAUCUGGUCAACCUCCGAAAAACGAAUUCUUUUUGGAUAAAGAGGUUGAGGAGCUCCCGAGAUCUAUCUCACGUUGGAUUAUGGAUAGCGGAGCAUCCCGGCACAUGACAGGGAGAAAAACCCUACUUUACGAUGUUAGAGGGUUUAACGGUGGAUACAUCAGUUUUGCUAGUAAUCAAGGAGGACGUAUUAUUGGUGAAGGAACAUUAUCAAAUGGUGUUAUCACGUUUGAAAGAGUCAAUUACAUAGAAGAGCUGGAGAAUAACCUGCUUAGCAUUUCUCAAAUUUGUGACCGAAUGUAUUCGACACAUUUCACUGAUAAAGAAUGUCUGAUUCUGAAGCCGGGGUUUGUCAUCCCCGAGGAGUGGAUCAUCAUGAGAGCACCACGAGUUAAUGAUCUGUACGUGUCGGAUAUGAGCGUCGCUACGACUACCACGGGUCAAACUCAUUGCUUCAUGUCAAGAUCUACUCAAAAGGAGUCAGAAUUGUGGCACCGAAAGAUGGGCCACAUUCACCUACGCAAGAUGAACUACCUGGAAGAUAGAGAAUUUGUAAUGAGCACUAUUCGAAGACUUAGCGACAAUGGUACGGAAUUCAGUGCACCAUAUACUCCGCAACAGAAUGGAGUCGCAGAAAGAAAGAAUAGAACGCUGAUUGAAACGGCGAGAACGAUGCUUGCUGAUUCCAAGUUAUCGAUUAAUUUCUGGGCAGAAGCAGUAUCAGCCACUUGCUAUACACUCCACAGGGUACUUACUGUGAAGAAGCAUAACAAGACAUGUUUCAAGUUGAUCAACAAUCGCAAGCCUAAUCUCGAGUAUUUAGAGCCGUGCGGGUCACCCUGCACUGUUCUAGAUCCCGAUGGCAAAUUUGGUUCAAAGAGCAUAGAAGGUAUCUUUGUGGGGUAUGCCAGUCCACUCAGAAGAGUCUUUGUUCCAAGUCUCAAGUGGAUCAUCGAAGCACAACAUGUUGAAUGUGAAGGCUAUACUAUGCCUCCACAGAAGCCUGCAGACUCAUGGCGAUUCAACUACGAUACCUUACGGGAUUCAUUCGAGUUAGAAGAAGAGCCAGAGUUCUUUGAUGAUUUGCAUAUUUUACAAGAAUAUGAAGCAUCUCAGGGAAGAUUUCCAGAAAGGUCUUCUAGACGUCAACAACAAACUUCCAAUGAUGAUGAAGCUGAGUCUAAGGGGGAGCAAAUCCAAUCUUCAGAUCAGACAAUUCUUGACAAUGAACAAGUUGUGGAUCAGAACGUUACUAAUUUGGAAGGCGAGGUGGAUGUUCCUGGCGAAGUUAUGCCGAGGACUCUUUCAUACCAUCCAGAAGAGUUGAUAAUAGGAGAGCUGCUGUCAGGCAUUGAGUCGCGAACCUACAAGGAAGCACUGACUGAAGAUUCAUGGGUAAACGCAAUGCAGGAGGAGCUGAGUCAGUUUGAAAAGCUUGGUGUAUGGAAGCUUGUUGAUUUGCCUGAUGAUGUCAAGUCGGCAUUUAUAUACGACAAAGUGAAAGAGGAGGUUUACGUUGGUCAGCCACUGGGCUUCACCGACCCAAUUCACAAAGAUAAAGUUUACCUCUUGGACAAAGCGUUAUACUGCUUGCAUCAGGCCCCGAGAGCCUGGUAUGAGACGAUCUCUCAACAUUUGCUUGCCAACAGCUUUAUCCGAGGCAAGGUGGAUGCCACUCUUUUCACGAAGGAAGUCGAUGGUCAUCUUCUGAUUGUCCAAUUUUACGUUGAUGACAUUAUUUUUGGGUCUACAAAUGAAGAACUCUACAAAGAUUUCGAGAAAGUGAUGAAGCAGAAGUUCGAGAUGUCUUCAAUGGGUGAGAUGAAGUUCUUCUUAGGGCUCCAGCUGUUGUCGGAUGCGGAGGAGUUACUUGGCGUUGAUGAGAAUACCGCUGUAGAUGAUGUUGAGAAGCAAUCUUCACUGGUUUGUCGUAUUUUUAGUUGUUUUGGUAUUUAG